AGCUACGCCAUGGUGGUUCAAUUCCUUGAGAGCUUUCCUCAGGUUCUCCCACGUUGCUCCUCCACUGUAGUCCUCUGAUGUCAGCACACCAUCUUCCCCCCGAAUCCAGUCCCGGAUCAACCCUUCAGAGUAUUCAGCUCUCGUGCUACCAGAGUAGUUAUUCUGUACAGUUGAGUGAGAGAGUCCCAGCUCCUGGAACAAGUCCUUCAGUUCAUGUUUUUCCAGAUGCUUCAGACAGCCUUUAGCUUGG